AUGGCGAAUUUACGUAUUUCCGAAUGGCGUAAACUGCCGGUAAGCCUGGCCGAACUCUGCAUAGAUACAACUUUGCGAUGCGGGCAAUCUUUCAGGUGGAAGAAGCUCGGAGACAAUGAAUGGUCUUGCGCACUUCAUGGUCGAAUACUGUCCCUGAAACAGGACUCAACUCAUCUCCAUUAUCGGUCAAUAAAACCUGCGGUCAAAUACCCAUUGAGCCCGCCCUCAGCUACUUCGUCCAUUCUCGAAUCGCCAACUGAAGAUGAGGAAACAGAAGCUCUGUUGAAGCAUUACCUCAAUCUUGCCCCAGACUUGACUGCAUUGUAUGAGCAAUGGUCUUCGGUGGACUCCAACUUCAAGAAAAGGGCUCCAAAGUUCACUGGAGUUCGAAUCUUGAAGCAGGAUGCUUGGGAAGCUCUCGUGGGAUUCAUAUGCAGCAGCAAUAAUAACAUCGUGAGGAUAUCACAAAUGGUUAACAAUUUAUGUCUACAUUAUGGGCCUUUGAUCGGUCAUAUUGAUGACCAGACAUUUCACGAUUUCCCUCCUCCGGAGGCUCUUACUGGCCCAGGAGUAGAGUCACAUCUCCGGGAACUCGGUUUUGGGUAUCGGGCAGGCUAUAUUGCCAAGACAGCUUCAAUCGUUGCAAAAGAAAAGCCGGAAGGCUGGCUGCAAAGUUUAUGCAAUGAAGAGCCUUAUGAUGACAGUCCUGACCAAAAGCCUCUGCUAGAAGGGGGCCGAGAAGGCUACCGCCGAGCUCACGAGGAACUUCUUCAGCUUCAAGGUGUCGGCCCGAAAGUCGCUGAUUGUGUUUGCUUGAUGGGUCUUGGAUGGGGCGAAGCUGUACCUGUUGAUACUCAUGUCUGGCAAAUUGCUCAGCGAGAUUACAAGUUUGGGAAGGGAAAGCACAAGAGUCUCACAAAAGCUACAUAUAGUGCUGUUGGCGACCAUUUCAGACAGUUGUGGGGUAAAGAGGCAGGCUGGGCUCAUUCUGUCCUCUUUGCUGCGGACCUGAAGACCUUCUCGGAGCGGCUGACAACCAAAAUCGAAGUAGAUGUUGAUGAGUUCAAGAUUAAGCAAGAAGAUGGAAUUAUUCUGGAGUCGACGGUUGUGGUAAAACGAGAGUAUGCUCUACACGAAGUGAAGGAUGAAUUCGAAGAAGAGAAGCCGACGAAGGUCGUGGUUGAAAGUUCUCGCAGUCACCGGGCCAAACGGAGGAGAGUCUUCUGAUUAUUGUACAAUGUAAUGUGCGGUGAGUUAGU